AUGUUGCCAGCCAACAGCAAGCGCAAAGCGACAGAGGAGCCCUCAUCGCCCUCGGCAGCAAAGCGCAUUAAGCACAGCGAGUCCGCCGAACCAGAACAGAAACCCGCGAUAAAACCAAUUCCCUUCCCCGAAAAACCCGCCGUCAUCGAAGAGCGCAACGGCGAGAUAGAAUUCCGCGUAGUAAACAACGAUGGCGACCGCGAAAGCCUCAUCGUACUCACGGGCCUAAAAUGUAUCUUCCAGAAGCAGCUCCCCAAGAUGCCCAAGGACUACAUCGCGCGACUCGUCUACGACCGCACGCACUUAUCCAUCGCCAUCGUCAAGAAACCACUCGAGGUCGUCGGAGGAAUCACAUACCGGCCCUUCAAAGGUCGCCAAUUCGCCGAAAUCGUCUUCUGCGCCAUCUCAUCAGACCAGCAAGUAAAAGGAUAUGGCGCGCAUCUCAUGUCGCACUUGAAAGACUAUGUCAAAGCGACGUCCGACGUGAUGCACUUCUUAACGUAUGCCGAUAACUAUGCGAUUGGCUACUUCAAGAAGCAGGGCUUCACCAAGGAGAUCACGCUGGACCGGAGCGUGUGGAUGGGUUACAUCAAGGACUACGAGGGCGGGACGAUCAUGCAGUGUUCGAUGCUGCCGCGCGUGAGAUAUCUCGAGAUGGGCCGCAUGCUCCUCAAGCAGAAGGAGUGCGUGCAGGCCAAGAUCCGCGCCUACAGCAAGAGCCACAUCGUACACCAGCCGCCGAAACAAUGGAAGAACGGCAUCACAUCCAUCGAUCCCCUGUCCAUCGAGGCCAUCAAGAACUCGGGCUGGUCCCCCGACAUGGACGAGCUAGCCCGCCAACCUCGCCACGGACCGAACUACAACCAACUCCUUCACCUCCUCAACGAUCUGCAGAACCACCAGGCCGCUUGGCCCUUCUUGCAUCCCGUUAGUAAGGACGACGUGGCGGACUACUACGAUGUCAUCAAGGAGCCUAUGGACCUGAGUACCAUGGAGAGCAAGCUCGAAGCCGACCAAUACGGAACCCCUGAGGACUUCGUCAAAGACGCCAAGCUUAUUUUCGACAAUUGUCGGCGGUACAAUAACGAGAGCACGCCGUACGCGAAGUCGGCGAAUAAGCUUGAAAAGUACAUGUGGCAGCAGAUCAAGGCCGUUCCCGAGUGGUCACACCUGGAGCCCUAUUAA